AUGGCGCGUUUUGUGAUCAUCACACCGGAGAUGGGGGAGGCCGUUCUGCAGCACCUGAGGGAGAGUUUCUUUGCAGAUGAGCCCCUGAACAAGGCGGUGUCUCUGUGCGAGCGGGGGCAGCCGCAUGCCGCUCUGGAGCGUCUCUGCACGGCCACCAUGGCCGACGGGCUUUCCGUUGCCGCGAUGGACGGUGACACGGUCCUCGGCGUGGCUCUGAACGGCAUCUUCCGCGAUCUGGACCUCUUCAACGCUUACCGGGUGGACAGCAUCCUGGAGUGCCGCAUAAUAUCCGUGUCGGACAAAGCCAGGGGGAAGGGGCUAGCCAAGGAGCUGAUGAAGCGCAGCAUCGACAUCGCAAAGGAGCACGGCUUCAAGCUGUUCAAGGUGGACGCGACCGGCGCGUAUUCGCAGCGCAUCUGCAGCGGCCUAGGGCUCCGCACGCUGGCUCGGUGCGCUACGCGGAGUACUGCGAUGAGGACGGGGUGCCGGUCUUCAACGUGCCGCCGCCCCACGACGCGCUCGCCG